AUGGAAGGGGAUGGAUUUGAUGCAAGGAAGUGGGAGGACCUUGAUCUCGACGUUCUGGUGACGAUAUUUCAGAAAUUUAACAUUUUGGAGUUGACUUCUGGGAUUGGACAUGUCUGCAAAUCAUGGCGUUAUGCUGUCUGUGAUCCUCUAUUAUGGAAGACUCUUGAUUUCUCAAUGUUGACAUCCAACUUCAUAAAAAUCCCGCUAGAGCCUUAUGUUUAUGUGGAUCGAAGAUCUGAUAAACAGCUCACCAAACUUCUCAAGAUUGCUUUGAAUCUUAGCUGUGGAAAUGCCACAAGUUUGAUCUUCCAUGUCAAUCUGUAUGUCAAUGAUGAUCAGUUGGCAUAUGCUGCUGAAAGGUGCCCGAAGCUCAAACGUCUAGUGAUGCCUGCGUGGAAUCGGAUAAAAGAGACCGGGAUUUGCAAGGCCAUUAGCAUGUGGAAGGAUCUUGAAUCAUUGACAAUGCCAAGCAUAGCUGAUCCAUCGUGUUUCAUGGAAGAGAUAUCCAAACACUGCAAGAAGUUUUCAGAACUCAAAAUCAUGGGUGUAUGUGACAUCGAAUUCGUGCAAUCACUCGUCCAAUAUGUUCCAAAUCUGAAAGUUUUAAGCCUUCGUUGCUCGAUUCUCUACAAGGACGCUUUGCUACUGGUCCUAAACGGCUUAAUGAACCUAGAGGUGCUCAACAUAUCUCAUAGCCUAAUUGUGGAAGGCCCUCCACCACCUGCUCCUAUAAAAGUGGUGGAGGAGCUCGAUGAAUCGAUUCUGGAAAAGGGUUCGCGAUUGCGCGAGUUCUUGACGUGCAUGAACGAUUCGUGCAUUAUGUGCCAGAGGAUGAAGAUGGAUGAAGGGCUUAUGAGGUGGUACAGGUACGAGAAAGGACUGUGGAAGGAAGAUGAGGUGAGUUCUCUUGCAAUUUGA